AUGGACACCACUUCACAGCGAGGUGCCAGUACUUCUGUCGGCACGUCGCAGGAAGAGCGGGACCGCAAUGUGUUGCGUCUCGUUCCAGAAAAGAAGGCAUGGAUGCCUCCUAAAUCUGUCAUGGAUCACUUGUCGGCGACGACGAGUGAUCGUUAUCGAACACGAUUGUUCGAUUCGUCGAGGAUUCAUCACCUUGACCCCAGCGCGAAAGACUAUCGCGCUGAACAUGAGUUCUUCAUCGAUGCUUUCUUCAGACAUCGAUGGUACAGUGGGAAUCACAAACGUGAUGGUCCCUCACUACUUCAGGCGUGGAACGCCUACAUCCAUAAUCUCGAGGAUGUAGGUCGUGACGCUUGGAACGACAAACUUAUCAAAGCUCGUGAUAAGUUUGAAAAGCGAACCCCGACAGGUGCACGCUACAAGCUGCAUCGUCUGUCAAGGGAGAAAGGAUUACCCUGCCUUUCUUGGGGAGACUCGUGCCCAUGUUGUGUGAACAACUCUGCACGAGCACCUAAGGAGGCUUACCUCCUUACCAGCCCGUGGUGGCGCACUUUCUCCGGCGGUCCUUCUGCGGCACAGGAUGUGUCGCGUCGUACUGCUCGACCAGACCCAGUACGUCAACCAUCAAUUGGGAGCGGGGCUCCCAAGAAUCCCAGGACGGGGGAUAGCCGCGCCACCGGACGAGGUAACUCGUCCGACGUCCGUUCACGUCGCGGUGGUUCAACAGCUGCUCAACUAGAUAGCGCUGGCCACCGCGAGAGUCCUCUAAUGGAGGUGGAGGAGGAGGAAAGACGCUCUCCACACGAUCAUGUGGAUCGGUGUGUUCCCGAGAGCUUCUUUGAUCGCGUAACGCAAGGGUUACGCGACGAUCUCGAGCAUGAGCGGAAUAGGCGUCUCCAAAUGGCGGACACUGCCUCGAAGCAUCGAGCUGAGUUUGCCUUUGCUCAGCUCGAGAACGAGAGAUCUCUGACAUCUCUUCGUGACGAGCUAAGGGUAGCUCGUGGGAUUGCUGAUCGGUCUCGGGAUGAGAUAGCUGCUCUUCAGACCCUUGUUGAUGCCCACCAUCGGGAGCACAAGGCUCUCUGCGAGAUGCUUGAGCGCAAGGGCGUUCUUCAUCGGAAGAAGCAGCGUACUGAUGGUACGGCUUAA